CGGUGCAAGGGGACGACCCGUGGGAGGGGAGCGAGCCGGAGAGGCAGGAGGAUCCCGGGGCUCCAGGGAAAGCGGCAGGCCCACCAACUCACCCAGCUGCUCCCUUUGAGAGGGGUCCCUAGAGAAGGCUGUGGGGGGCCAGGGGAGGGAGGCGUGACCCCAGGAACCCACCUGCCACCCGGGCUUUCAGGCUCCUCCACCUGGGAGCAGGGUCUGAAUCCACCCAGCCCCCAGCCCUAAGGAGUCCACCACAUAGAGCGGGGGACAAAUGCCACUCAGCAGCCAGAGCUUACACAGGGCUCCGCGGGUGGGCAACGUCAACGCCCCGCGGACGCCCCCUGCGCUGCCCCCAUCCUGCCCCAGCCCCCGCCAGCUUGGGCAGAACAGUGUGGCUGGCGGACCUGUGCCCUUUUGGGCCCUCACCCAUCAUGGGACCCUUUUAAAUACGUCUCUGCUACCCGCCCCUCCCGCCACCCCCCCCCCCGGGGGCAAACAGCUGCAGGUCUUGUGUCCUGCAGUGUGAGCUCGGUGACAGCCACGAGCCCGCAUGACUCCUAGCAAGGCAGGCAGCCCCCCACGGCCACUUCUGGACAAAGGCCCAUCUGACAGGCAGGACCGCUGAGGAUGCCCAUGUUCUGCCUUUGUGGAGCGUGCUGGUCAUCCAGCGCCUAGGGGGCAGUUUUGGCUGGCCCUAAGCUUCGCUGGCAUGUUGAGGGGGAAAGGUGCGCUCAGGCCCGUGCUGGACCCUCGUUCCAGUUCCUCGCAGGAAAACCAGAGUCUGUGAGCUGAGGGUCCGCCCUGUGCCAGGUGGUCUUACCUGAUCCCCACCCUGCAACCUGAUGGGCAAGGAAAGAGGUCUGCGUGAUAAACUGGGCUUGCCCUCCGGCCUGGGGGCUGGGUGGGCCCCAGCCUGGCUUCGUGGCUGAGUCAGCUGCCAGGUGAGUCAGACGGUGGAGUCGGCGGGGGCGGGGCGGGAGCAGCAGGUAUAAGACGGCAGCUGGGUACCCCGGGAGCCAGCCUCACCCCAAGAGACCAUGCGGCUGCUCCCUGGGCUCUUGCUGGCCGCUGCCUUGAGCCUGGAGCUGGGUGAGUCCAGGGGCCACCUCCUCCCCCACUGCUCUAAGCCGGUCCCCCAACCCCAGCCAGCACCGAGCCCUGCACUGUGGCUCCUCACCUCAGGGAAGCCCAAUUCCUGCCCCCUCCACCCCUUUGGGCCCAUCAGCCGAGCGCUCAGUGCUGUCCUUGUCCCUGUGGCCUACUCAGCUUACCACACCCUCAUCGGGUUUGAUGCGGGCGUUGCCCAUCCCUGUGUCCCUCUUUGUGUGUGUGUCCAUCCACCUGUCCCUCCGCCCGCGGCUGCAGCCGGAGCCUUGAAAUGUCACCAGUGCAAGGGCUUCGGAGGGUGCCACCAUGCGGCCAAAUGCCCCCGGGGCUCCAACUACUGCGUCAGCAUUGGCACCCGAGACCCCUUCAGCGUCAUUGACCUGCCUCUGGUGACCAAAUCGUGCUACAGCAACUGCCCGGACAUCCUCAGCCUGGGCCUGGGCCCCAACGUGUCCAUCGUCUGUUGCCAGUACAACCUCUGCAACAUCGACUGACACCCCCCCCCCCCGGCUGUUCCCCCCCCCCGCGCUGUCCCCCCCUCACGGAGCUAAGACAGCGCCCGAGCCCCAGGCCGUCGCUGCUCCCCAGGCAGCUGAGCCGCGGCACCAGGGCCGGGGAGGGGGGGCGGGGGGGGGCGCGCUCGAGGAGGAGCCCGGGGCAGAGCGGGAGCGCGGAAGAACUAGAGGCGGCCCUGGGUGGGUCGGGGGAGGGGGAGAGGCAUUUGGCGGAGCCGGAAAGGGGAGGAUGGAAGGAACAGAGCAGGCAGGUGAGAGGGUGAGGCUGGGGACGGCUCCGCCCCCGCCCACGCACAGGUGCACGCGCGCCCCCGCCCCCGCAGCCCCGGGGAACUUUUAAUCGUGGCUCCAGCCAGCGUCCAGCUGCGAAGUGGACCAAGAACCCCCCAACCAGGGGGCAUGGCUCCUCCCCACCACAUGACCCCCAGGCACAGCGCCCAGGCCUUUCCUUGUCCUUACCCUGGCCACGCUCUCAUGAAAGAAAACGUGCAAGAGCAGUGCGGUGGUGCAGCCGCCCAGUGUGGGGGGCGGGGGGCAGCGUCCCGGCACAGAGUGACCCCACACAGAGGCACAAGCAGGGCCUCGGGCCAGCGGGGCUGGGGGCGCGUGGGAGGGUGUCUCUGCAGACCGCGGAGUGCGUCCCCUGAUGCUGCUAAGGGCUGCACGAACCUGAGACACGGAGAGCAAGAGGCCACAUACGGAAGACCGCAUUCUCUGCGCGUCCAUUUCUUCGAGAUGCUCAGCACAGGCAAAUCCGAAGAGGCAGGGAGCCAGCGAGCGGUGGCCAGGGCCCGCUGGGAAUGCGCUGGUGCGCGGGGGUGGCAGCCCAAGGGCGGCGGGGGGCGGGGGAGGGGGUUCUUCCUGAGCCUGACUGGGGAUGGUUGCAGGACCUGGGAAAAUACCAGAAACACUUGCAGUGGGUGAAUUGGAUGGAAUGUGAAGCAUGUUCAAUAAAGCUGUUACAAAUUAAAAAGAGGAAAAAAGAAAAAAGUGUUUGAAAGAAAAACAAGGCGGAAAAUCCAGACUGAGAAAGACUCAUGUUUCUUAGAAUAUCUAAGUGAAAUACAUGAAAAAGUACGAUACACAAAACUAAAACACAGAAGACAAAGUAGGAAAUGCCUGCCACACAUGGGAAUACCUGUGAACACUAAAGAAUACUUCCGAAUCCGCAAGGAGGAGCAAAGGACCUUAGCAGCAGGUUCACCGAAAAGGAAAGUCAAGCACACUCAGAGUCACAAAGGAACAAAGUCAAAGUGGUGUUUCCAUCGAUGAGUGAGCACACAGGGAAGACGGGGUGAGGACGGGCGGGAAGCCAUCCCGCUGUGCCUCUGGGUGUGGGGUGGCCCUGCCCCCAGAGGGCAAGUCCGCCGCAGGCAUGAAACUCUAAGAUGCCCCCAGAACUCUGUUGCGUGCUGGACCCCAAAAUGUCACCAAACACCCAUGCACGGGAAGGAGUGGCCGCCCACACAGAGCCUGCGCCUCCCCUGCUUGAGGCUCAAGAAUCUGGUGAAAGGCAGGGCUCCCAAAGUGGGCGCCU